CCUGUGAAGUAGGCUAGGUUGAGAGAGAAGUGACUGGCCCAGAGUCACCCAGCAAGUAUCAUGGCAGCAAGUAUCAUGGCUGAAUGGAGAUUUGAACUCGGGUCUCCCUGGUCCUAGUCCAGCACUCUAACCACUACACCAUGCUGGCUGUUAAAAGGUUCACAUAAUGACAUGAGAGUCAUUUCUCAGAAGAUCAAGAAAUGUGAGCAUACUGAUCAAUGAGUACCCAGAAUGUUGGGGGCAAUAUGCUAAAAUCAUUGUAAACCGCUUAGAGAGCUCUGGCUAUAGAGCGGUAUAUAAAUGUUAUUGCUAUUGCUAUUGCUAAUAUCAUCAGCUUACAAGAUCCAUGUCCGCCAGCACUUGAUAAAGAACUAUUUCAAAACGGAGGUCACCGAGUCACUGUAGUGUGUGGACAUCUUCAGCAAUAAUUUCAUCUUAGGGACUCCAUUGCUUUGUUUUGAUAUAUAGUAUGACUCUAUUGUUUAUAUGGCCAUUUCCACUGUGGAUUCUAUUGUUUCUUGUCGUAUGUAUAUACCAUUGUUCUAUUUACAUCCAAUUGAUCUAUAUUGAAUACACUUUCCAAAAUAGCAAUUUUCUAUCAUAUUGUCCCCGCACCAACACCAUUGGCUAGUUUGAUGGGUUUGGUUCUUUUUGUGCUGAGAGUGGGAUAGAAAUGUAAAAAUAAAUAACUUGUCCCUUUCAUUUCAAUGGCACUACUAUGAGUAAUGUUCUUCAUGCCAGUCACUGUCUUUGGCGUUUGGCUUCACUAAGGUGAUAAGCCAUUAUCUAGACUGUACCACUUCAAACUGCAAGUGGUGGGUGAGACUCACAUUUUCAAAUGCUCUGUUUAAAAAAAAAAAAUCUCACAGAUGGAGAACUAAGAAGUCAGAAGAAAAAGAAUUCUGGUCUAGCCAGGCUCACACGUGGCAGUGCCAAAUGUUUUCAAGCGACCCAAGGAUCGGGGAUUCGAUUCGCGCGCUCCCUGGCUCUGCAAGAGUUAAUUGAAGCACUGAGUUUGGAGUGCUAGAGUGGCAGGAAAUGUGGGCAGAACGCAACAAUAGGUGACUGCCUCUCUUCCUGUUCCGCCCACCUGGGAAGCAGAAAGUGGCCUCGCGUGAGGUUUGUUGUUUCUUUGCAAGCGCAGCUCAAGUUUAGAGCCUGGAAGGAGCAGCUGGAAGCAGUGUAUAAGAAGAGCUUUGCUGGGUCAGGCCCAAGGCUGGCACUCUCUUUCCCUCAGUGACCAACCGGAUGCCUCCAGGAAACCCACAAGCAGGAGAUGAAGACAUGCCCCUUGUCCUGCUGUUACUCCCCUGCAACUGGUAUUCAGAAGUAUACUGCCUCUUUUAGAGGGAGAGAAUAGGACACGAAGGAGAAGAUCUGGGACUAUCCUGCCCCAGGAAAUGCAAAGCUGGGACAAGGAAUGCGGCCCAGACAUCUGUGCCCGUGUGGUGGCCCUGGCCGAGGACUACCUCUUGAGACGGCAAGAGCCUGAGAGAGAAGAAGAAAAUACACCGCGGUUCUUGGAGCAGGACCUGCAGGAGGCCGUGAAACCGCAGGAAGCUAAGCAAGGGGAUGAGGGGGAGGCCAGCUUGUUAGAUGAUGGGCCAGAGCAGGAGACUGAGGAGGAGAAUUUUCAACUGGAAAAACCUGAGCCUGUGAACACGAGCAGAAUAUCAUUGGAAGAAGUGAUCGGGAAAUUUUUCCAGGUUCCUGAAGUGGAAGAAGAGCCCAAACAUGUGCAUAGGACAAACUUUGCAACAGAGAAGCCAUUUGAGUGCUCUGAGUGCGGGAAACACUUUGCAACAAGCUCUCACCUUAUCAAUCACAAGCGGGUCCACACGGGAGAGAAACCUUAUAAGUGCUUAAGCUGUGGGAAAAGCUUUACGGAGAGAGGCAACCUGCUUAAGCACCAGAGAACCCACACGGGAGAAAAACCAUACGAAUGUUCCGAUUGCGGCAAAGCCUUUGGUAUUAGCUCUCAGCUGAUAAGCCAUAAGAGAGUCCACACGGGAGAGAAGCCGUACGAAUGCUUGGACUGUGGAAAAAGCUUCUGCACCAGCUCUCAGCUUGUGCGCCACAACCGUGUGCACACGGGAGAGAAGCCCUACGAAUGCUCCGAGUGCGGAAAAACCUUCAGCCAGAGGUCGUAUCUUGUUGGGCAUGAGAGGACCCAUACCGGAGAGAAACCAUUCAAAUGCUCGCAGUGUGGGAAGUGGUUCUCGCACCGCUCUGACCGCCUGCGGCAUGAGAAGAUCCACACAGGGGAGAAACCGCACAAGUGUUCAGACUGUGGGAAAGGCUUCAACCAGAAAGGGUCCCUCAUCACGCACCAGAGAACCCACACAGGAGAGAAACCCUUCGAAUGUUCAGAGUGUGGGAAAAGCUUCAAUGACAGGGGCUACCUCAUUACACACCGGAGAACCCACACGGGCGAAAAGCCCUAUGAGUGUACAGACUGUGGGAAAAGCUUCAGUCGGACUUCACACCUGACAGCUCAUAAAAAGACUCAUGCUGGAGAGAGGCCAUAGCGUAACCAGUGUGCAAGGGACACAGGUCCAGUCCCUCUGAUCUCUGUAAAAUGGCAGAGAAACGUAAAAGAAAAAGUUGUGGAACUAAAGAGUAAUAAAAGUUUAGGUAGUGGGCAAAAUUUUAUGUGAAGCUGGGAAGUGAGCUUGGAUGUUGAAGCCCCCGUACAGGAACUGAACUGUUGCAAUAUCCUCUGCUAUGUAAACAUCAGGGCAACAGCCCUCCUCUAUUGUAUGUCAUUUGGUAUUCCAAGGUAAACUGCCUCUGACGAUGGAGGUUCCAUUGUUGAGCGGCCUGUUCUCCAUGGGUUGGUCGAGUCCACUUUUUCAAAGCCUGUGGCCACCGCCACAACUUGUAGCAGCAAAUUCCCCAAGUCAGUUCUGCACUGUGUGAAGAACUCUCCUUCUUGGUUUGUUCUGAAUCUGCUGUCCAUUAGUUUCAUAGGUCAACGUAUUGUAUUAUGGGGGUGGGGUGGGGGAAACAGUCUUUCUCUCUCUGCUUUUUCUGCAUUGUGUAUCAUUUUAUAAACCUCUCUCAUGUCCCUUCUGAGUCAUUUUUUCCUCUAAAAAGCCCAAUCACUUGCCUUUCUUCAUAGGGAAAGUGCUCCAGCCCCCUGAUCAUUUUGGUUGUCCUUUUUUUCACACCUUUUCAAGCGGUAUGAUACCCUUCUUGAGAGGUGGUAGCCAGAAGUGUAUGUAGCAUGUACAGGCAUGAGAGGACCCAUACCGGAGAGAAACCAUUCAAAUGCUCGCAGUGUGGGAAGUGGUUCUACUGAGUCAGACUAUUGGUCCAUUUAAUUCAGUGUAACCUACUCUGACUGGCAGCAGCUCUCUGGGGUUUCAGGAAAAGGUCUUUGCCAGCCCUACCUGGAGAUGCCAAGGAUUGAAGCUGGGACCCUCUGCAGGCAAAGCAGAUGCUCUACCACUGAUCUUUGGCCCCAAACCUAGGAAACUCUCUCAUACCAAAGUAAACCAUUGGGUCAUCUAGCUCAGUAUUGUCUGCACUGACUGGCAGCAGCUCUCCAGGUUUCAAGUAAAAGGUAAAGUGUGCUGUCAAGUCGGUGUCGACUCCUGGCACCCACAGAUCCCUGUGGUUUUCUUUGGUAGAGUACAGGAGGGAUUGACCAUUGCCUUCUCCCACGCAGUAUGAGAUGAUGCCUUUCAGCAUCUUCCUAUAUCGCUGCUGCCCGAUAUAGUAUCAGCGGUGAUUCAAACCUGCAACUUUCUGCUUAUCAGUCAAGCAUUUCCCUGCUGCACCACUUAAGGUGACUCCGGCUUUCAGACAGAGCGUAUUUUCCAGCCCUAUCUGGAGAUGCCAGGAUUGAACCUGGGAGCUUCUGCAUGCCAAGUUGGGACUCUUAGCACAGCCCCAUUCAAAUGCAGCUGCAGCAUCAGUUUAUAGAGAGGCAUUCUGGUUCUUGCCGUCGGUCUUUUUAGUCCCUUAAUAAUUUCUAGAAUGGAUUUUUGCCCUCCACCCGCACUGCCACCACACACUCAACUAAUGUUUCCUUUGUGUGUAAUCUCCAGUUCAGACUGCAUCUGUUUAUAAUUGAAGAUAGUAUUUUUGUGUGCCAUGUAGUUGAUUUGUCCAGUUCUUAGAGAUCAUUUUGGAGCUGUUCACAAUUUGCUUGAAUUUUCACCCUCCUGAAAUAAAUGUCAUUAUGUCAUAAA